AGGUGCAAGUGCACUGCUGCUGAUUUGCUGGAGCCAAUUGAGGGUGUGAUGGCCGAUGACAGAUGUUUGCCAGCAGAUGAUAAACCAAAGGCAGGCAGGGAGAGAUAUGCCUUGGUGCACCAGAUCCUCUACACUGUGUGGCAGAGAUGUGCCAUAGAUUAUAAGAAUUCUUAUUUUAUAUUUCUAUGUUCUUUUGCAAGAAAGUGGCGGGAACAAAACAAGAUGAAGGGCCAAAGUGGUUGUGGCAGCCGUCUGGAACGCUGGUUGGUGAGGCAUGAUCGCAGUGGAAGCAUUGAGCAGUUACAGGGAGAGAUGUGCUCCAACUUAUAUUCUGAGGCUCUCACAUUGACAUCUGUGGCUUUCAGUGAUAAUGUUCUGAACAACCGCGAUUUGUUGAUGGAAAUGGAGUUUGUAUGUGGCAUGUUAGGUUAUGUGGAGUUCCUAUGGCGAGAUUGGCUUGCAGACAUACUAGAUUGGCAGAGUAAAAGUGGAUGUUUUAGUUCCACCAAACCUCACGUUGCUAUUGGCCGUAAAUUGCUGCGAGAAGAAAAAUUACCGGAUGGCUGCCUUCAGCACCUAACCACUGUGGCAGUCUCAGCUUUAGCUGUUCACUUGCACUACCUUUUGUAUCCAGGGAUUAAGAGCAGGGGUGCCAGCAGCCUGAAGCAUGUGUCUCCUCCUUCUGCUAUGUUAGAGCCUCCACAUGAAUCCAUCCCAAUGCAUAUUGCUGGGGGCUUCAUGCUCAACCAGCCCCUUUACAGGGAGGAGGUCCAAGAUGGACUCAGCAGAGUGGCUGAGGAGGAGAAAUCUCUAGAGGAUAAAGCAGACAUUGUCAUGAAGCACUUGGAGGAGAAGAGAAACAGCACCAAACAUAGUCAUGUACGAGACUUUAUGUCCCCUCUUUCACACUAUGACAGCACCUCUAAGAGUAACAGUGGCCCUGUACCACUGCCAGAACACCCUCUCCACCAGCCCCAAUACUUGGCUUCAACACACACUUCUGGGACCACCGUAGAGACCUCUAUGGCAGCUUUCUACUUUGUGAUAGCCAGCAUAGUGCUUGUUAUGCUGGUGAUGGUGAGGUAUGUUCACAGUGGAAGAAGGACUCAUACCAUUUUCAGGACCAGGUUCCGUUUUUGAGAAGCUGGAAUUAUCAAAAUUAUGUUCUUUAAGUUUUAUUUUUCAUUUAUCAAGAAAUUUCCUUAAUUUUUUUUUUUUUUUUUUUUUUUUAUUAUUAUUAUUUUUAUAUAUAUAUAUCUAUAUUUUUGUCCGUUGAGAAGUUAUAAACAUAGACUGCUUGUUACAUGUGUUGUAAAUGACAUGCUGUAAGGAAACUAGAUACUAUUGGUGUACAUGAAAUAUAUAUUGUCAGUUAUAAUGUAAAACAUGCACAAAUUAAGAGCAGUGUUUAGUGACUUGUAUAUAUUCACAUAGUAAACAAACUGUAUAAAAAUGUAUAAAUGCAUCUAUACGGGAUAUUGUUGAAGUACUGCUUCAUUGAUUUCUGAAAAAAUUUCUGAAACUUAACACUGUUAGCUCUGCCAGUGGAGUUUUCACUUAAAACUGAAUCUCAUAUGUUACGUAUUCUUCCAGUUCUUGUAGACAGAGAUAAAUACUCCAUAAAACUAAGUAUCAAAUCACUGAAUAACUGUUAUUAGCAAAUUUUUGAAAAAUGUUCAAAGAAUUUAAUAUAGCAAAUUAAUGAAUUCUUUCAGUUACCCAAUUUUACAGAUUUCAAUGUUUUUUUGUUUUUUUUGGGUGCUAACUUUUGCUUUUGCUCUGUAGAUUAUAAUCAUGCUGUUAGUAGCUUCAGGACCUAAUUAUAUUACUUUAAAGAAAUAGUCCCAAUUUAUAGGCUGGAAUAAUUUGUUGUGAUAACAGAAUAGCACUUGUCCAUCUGUUCAGGACUGUAAGAUAUUGUGAGAGGGAAUGUUUUGAUACAGUGCAAUUAGGGAGAUUAUCAAUACACCUUUUAUUAUAUAUUGAGGUGAGGCUUCAUCACCAAGCAUAACAGUGAAACCUGAUUGGUAAAACUAGAAAAAACACAUCAACAUAUUAAAGGCUUAUUUUAGCAAAUAUGAAGUGUAAAGUGAUGGUUGAUAUUAGAAUGUCUGAAAAAAAUCCCAGUCUUCACUUUUGACCAUCUCACCAGCAUCAUACAUGUCAUAUCACUUA